AUGGAAAAAAUAAUUCUGUUCAGCGCCAUUUUGGCUGUCGCCGCCACAGCUCCUUCUUUCCUUCUGAGUCACGACGCAGAACUUCACGUUCCAUUAACAUCAAAGUCUACGAUAACCAAGAGCAGUCAGCAUGUAGACCAUGGUAGCACGUUCGUCCACUCCGUUCCGUUAGUCCACGCUACACCACUAGUCCAUGCGUCACCAAUCGUCCAAAUCGACCCACCUAAGGCUGUAAUCACCGAAACCAGUUAUAAUACGAUUCUUCAUUCCGCACCGGUUCUACAUCACACGUAUCAUGUACCUCAAAAGACUACAGUGACGAAGAGCAAUCACUCAAUACAUCAUGGUAGUACUCAUGUAGUACACGCUCCCGUGGUACACACUCCUAUUGUACCGGUAGUGCACUCUCCAGUAGUUGUACACUCAUCCCCGUUGGUCACCCUGAAGUCGGGUGACUCCGCUGUAUCACACCACAGUUCAACUGUACAUGAAACAGUACCGAUAGUGAAAUCUUUAUCUUUGCUUUCGUAUCAUUAA